GGCUCUAUAUAAAGUGGGUGAGCGCAUCGGCCAUUUUGUUCCCUGAGUGAUAACGGACUAGUAAGUAUGCAUACAAUUUCUCACGUAAAAAAUGCAAUUUUCUCGAUAGUUCGCGAGUCCGGGUGAACUUACCUGUAGUCUCAAAUUAAAGACAAUAACAUUUCCUAUCGAUCGAUGUUAAAUUUUGAUCAUUUCAUGAAAAAAUAACGACUUUAUGAAUACUUCAAUUUUACUGAUUUCUGCGUACUACGUACGUCAUCUUUAAACUAAAAAUACUCGAAAUUUUCAGUGGACGCAUAGGUAUUUUAAUACAGCAAAAUGUUCGUUAUUUUAUCCUCUUUAAAAUGAGCUAUUACCGAAAGCUCUACAUGCAACCGUUCAAAAGUUUUCGAAGUUGAAAGUUGGGAAAACAAGCUGCGGAUGGUAAGUACUGAACUUUGAACUAAUAUUACUCGAAAUUUUCAGUGGACACGUAGGUAUUUUAAUACAUCAAAAUGUUCGUAAUUGUAUCCUUUUUAAAAUGGUUGUUUACCGAAAGCUCUACCUUCAACCGUUCAAAAGUUUUUGAAGUUCAAAGUUGCGGAAAGUGGUCAAAUUGUGUUAUCACUGUUAUCAGUCACUUAGUUUUGAUCAGUAUUUUACUUUCCGCAACUUUGAUCUUCAAGAUCUUUUGAACGAUGAGAGGUAGAACUUUCGUUAUAAGCUCAUUUUAAAGACGAUAAAAUUACGAACAUUUUGCUGUAUUAAAAUAUCCAUGUGUCCGUUGAAAAUUUUGAGUAAAAUUUGUUCAAAGUCAAAUACUUACUGCCCGCAGCUGAUUUUCGCAACUUUCAACUUCGAAAACUUUUGAACGGUUGCAUGUAGAGCUUUCGGUAAUAGCUCAUUUUAAAGAGGAUAAAAUAACGAACAUUUUACUGUAAUAAAAUACCUAUGUGUCCACUGAAAAUUUCGAGUAUUUUUACUUUAAAGAUGACGUACGUAGUAUGCAAAAAUCAGUAAAAUAGAAAUAUUCAUAAAAUCCUUAUUUUUACGCGAAAUGAUCAAAAUUUAACAUCAAUCGAUAGGGAAUUUUAUUGUCUUUAAUUUAAGACUGCAUAACAGUUCACCCAAACUCGCGAACAAUUUAAAAAAUUGCAUUUUUUACAUAAGAAAUUGUAUGCAUAAUUACUGGUUCGUUAUCACUUCAGGGAACAAAAUGGUGGAUGCGCUCACCUGGUUUAUAUAGAGCCCUAGUUUGUGUUUCGUUUUUUUUUCUUUUUCAAAUUAUUUUUCAAAAUCAAACAUGAUAAAUUCUGCGAGAAAAUUUCCAAUUUAAAAUGCUCGGUACCUCUUUUACGUUGGUGUAAUCGUCGAAUUAAUCUAACCGAGGUAAAUUCGCAUGCGUUCGAAUUAUUAUGGGCGAACCUUCGUACAACGAAAGUCAACUGCGAGAAUAUCCCAUUAAAUUGGAAAAAAUACCUAAACUGUCGUUCGAUGAUUCGAAAAUCGACGAUUAUAUCACCGCGAACGAACCGAUUGUGAUCCAAGGAAGUAACCUGGUGGAUAGUGCCAAAGUAUGGGAUUUAGAUUACCUGAAGGAGAGAAUGAACGGAAAAUAUACCGUUAUUAUAUCGAAAGAUCAUAAAUUCAAGUACCACGACGAGAAGAAAUUGAAAAGCGAUUUCGAACCGUUGACUAAACGCGUGCAAAUGAAAUUCGAAGAGUUCGUCGAUAAAAUGAAGAACUGGAAAGAAGGCGAAGAAAGGUAUUAUUUUCAACAAGUGUUGGAUAAUUCGGUCGGCGUUAGUGUGGUUCAAGAUUUCGUCAAGUUUAAUUGGGAUUGGUUCAGAGAUAAGACGUCGAAGAAUAAUUGGGGUCCUCUUACAUCGAAUUUAUUACUUAUCGCGAUGGAGGGUAAUGUUACUCCUUGCCAUUACGACGAACAGCAGAAUUUCUACGCUCAGCUAAGAGGAUACAAAAGGAUAAUGUUAUUUAAACCGUCACAAUUCGAGAACCUUUAUCCACAUCCCGUUCAUCAUCCUUACGAUAGACAAACCCAAAUCGAUUUCGAGAACCCAGAUUACGAAAAGUUUCCUAGAUUUAAGAACUUAUCCGGUUUCGAAACCAUUAUCGAGCCCGGUGAAGUGCUCUAUAUUCCUAUGUACUGGUUUCAUCACGUCGAAUCGCUCAUUCAAGCGGAUUACACGAUGUCUAUUAAUUUCUGGUACAAGGCUCCUCCUACGGGUCAAAUAGUCUACCCUUUGAAAGAUCACCAAAAAGUGGCCAUCAUGAGAAACGUUGAAAAAAUGCUCAGAGAAGCGCUCGGUGACCCGGAUGAUAUCGGUCCUCUAUUGAGGACGAUAAUCGAAGGAAGAUAUAUCGUUUGAUCUGUACUACCAUUUUUCUUCAUUCACGUUCGGACCGUUUAGAAGAGGGAAAAAAGACGGUAUUUCAUUGACGCUUUUUUCGAAUCACGAGCAAGAUGAUUAAUAUGUUUUCUAAUCUCGUCUGUGAUUUAAUUUAUAAGGUUUUUACGUCGCAAUUUAAUCGUUUUUUUUUUUUUUUUUUUUUUUUUUAAAUUAAUUAAUGAUCGCCCUGGUUGUGGGAAAAAGUCAUUUUUAAUGCUUUUCACCUUUUUAUUGAAUAGUCAUUGUGAUAAGAUAGUCACGUACGAGUACAAAUUUUCGUGCAAUAGCUUUCUUAUAUUAUGUAAUUUUUAUUGAGUAUUUUUUAGAUUAGUUUUUAAGGCGUUUUUUUUUUUUUUUUUUUUUUUUUUUAAUGAAAAAAGAGAGUCGUUCGCGUGUAAUGGUAUUUUUAACCUCGCCCCAUUGAUUACCACAUCAUUUUGUCGAAUAUUUUAAUCGUACGGUGUAGUAGUAUUGAAUUUCGUGUCGCAUACGGUAUGUUAUUUAAUGUUAAGUUAAUCAGUAUUUUGAAUAUUUUUUCGUCUUAAAAACUGUACCUAUGGCUUUUUAUCUUAUCUUAAGAGCUACCUAUUUAUCAUUGGUUCCUAAAAUGAUCUUGAAAUUAUCGUUUGAUUCGAAGAUGAAGAUAUUUUUGAAGAGUGAAUCUUCGAGUUGGCGAAUGUGUCUCCGUGUCAAUUGUCGUCCAUAUCAGCUUUUUUUUCUCCUCGAGGGAAAACUGAAUCAAAUUUGAACUAAUUUGGGUAUUUAAAGAUGUCUACUGUACGGUCCAAAAUGAAGUCUUCCAGUGAUUUUUGAUUCGAUGUUUUUCUGUUUGAUUUUAGUGAUUUUUUUUUUUGUGACAGAUGAAUCAGUCUGGAGUGAAUUUUGUGAAAGUCAAGCGAUGAGGGUCGAAUUGGCUGAAAAUGAUGGGAUUCGUUUAGUGUAGUUUAUCUGAGAAAAUCGUGUGCUUCCUUUUUAUCAAUUUUUGUAACGCAUUUUUCGGCGAUGUUUGAAAAGAAAUCGAUGAGAUUACAAAUUGAGGAGAUGGAUCAACUCAAAAUUCUAUUUUUUGAAAUGAUUUCAGCAUUUGAGAUAAGAAUUUGUGGGUUUUUUUAUUUUUCAAUUCGAAUUGUUUUUUUUUAUCGAAAUCGAAAGUGAUUUAUUUUACGACAUUUAUCUGUCAAGGUUUAUGUCAUUCAAGUUGAAAAGUUUCAAGUGUAAGUUCAAUACAAGCCCUUUUUUUGAUUACGUUUUGCCUCCCUGGAUUAAAUUUCAAAUCCAGGUUUCACCAACGUAGGAGGCUGUGAACCUGGGAAAUGAUUCUACUGUUAAUUGUGAGUGUUUUGAUUGGUAUAUUUUCGAGUUUUUAUUAUUAUUAUUUUUUUCAUUUUUUUUUUUUACCAUUGAACCAACCCAUUUUUUUAUUACAUACGCGGAAAUAUUUUCCAUCCUUUGUUUGUUAUACUUAUAAGAUGUAAUAUUAGAGGCGUAGAUAGUCAAGUAUCAUGACUCAAACACCAAAUCUUGAGAUUUUUAUGGUGUUUUUCAUCGUAAUUGUCACAAUAAAUAAAUAACUAAAACUAC